AUGUCUCAAGCUGAAUUGAAUGUAUUAGGUCAAAAAAGAAGUCGUGAUCCAUCUCCUGCUCCAUCUUUGGCUCGUAAUGAUGAUGAUAAAGGAAUCCAAAGGAUGAGCAAACAACAGAGACUUCUAAUCAAGAAUCAUCGAAUAAUGCUAAUUUCGUACCUUCUUUUUACUGCAAAGCGUCUAUUUCUCUCUUCAUUACCAUGUCUUUCAACUGUCAAAGAGUGGAAAAUGCAAUAUGAAUCUGGCAACAACAGUCUUCUCAAUGAUCAUAACGUCGAUGGAGGAGAUAGCAAUUAUAACUGGGAAGUGAUGGAACAAAGGGCUAACAUAAGUACAAUAAGUGAUGUGCGUCAAUUAAAAUGUGACGAUGCAGAACGAUUCAAUAAAGGCAAGACUAUAGAGCAGUGA